UCCGAACACUUUGAAGGGAAAAUUACCUUCGACACACCAUCAUGCUGGCACUCAGAGCAAGGGCGGUCGCGAGGUCUGCUCUCAAACCACGUCUACUGUCGUCAACAGCAAUUAGAUGUUCAGAUCCCGAACAUGUUCCAAAACCUCCACCGCCAAUCGAUGACUCUACAUCUGCAUUGGACUACAAGCGGACUGUGAGAACUCGACCACCCCCUCUGCCUGCAAUGGACUUGCCAAGGUCUAGGACUGCAGAAGAAGCUGUCACAAACAUUCUCUACAAUACCCCUCCACCAAGUUUGCAACCCUUCAAAAAGCAUGUUCUGAACUGCCUGGUACAAAACGAGCCAGGAGUAUUGUCUCGCGUAUCUGGUAUUCUGGCAGGAAGAGGGUUCAAUAUUGAUUCAUUGGUUGUAUGUCGUACGGAGAUUCGCGACCUCAGUCGUAUGUCCGUCGUUUUGCGUGGACAAGACGGCGUAGUCGAACAAGCCAGGAGACAACUUGAAGACUUAGUACCUGUAUGGGCUGUCUUGGAUUAUACGAAUACCAACUGUAUCCAACGCGAGCUCUUACUCGCCAAGAUCUCCGUCUUGGGGCCAGAAUACCUCGAGGACCAGUACGCCGGAGGACCCACACAUGAACCCCGCCGCCAGAGUCAAGCUCCUGACGUCCACACACAUGACGCUUCUAAACUCGAACGUGAAGUCAAACUCGCCCACAACUUUGAACGCGCUGCCCAUCCUGAACAAGAGACUCCCGCUCCUACGCCUUUGACGCCUUCUGAGCUGUUGCACCUCAAGAGCGACAACCUGCAAGCGAUCUCUGUUUUGUCUAAUCAAUUUGGUGCUCGCAUUGUGGACGUCAGUGAACAUAGCGUUAUCGUAGAGUUGUCCGCAAAAACAAGUAGAAUUGAGGCCUACUUGAGCUUGCUCAAGCCUUUCGGCCUUCUGGAAUCUGCUCGUACCGGUGAAUUUCAUCGAUUUCUGGAAUUACGGGAUGAUGAACUUACUGAAUUUCAUACCAUAGGUCUCAUGGUCAUGCCUCGCACUCCUCUAAGAAAUCCUGAAGACUCGGAUGAUGUCGCUGCCGAAGACCAAGUGGUAGAUGCUAGUCUCCUCCCCCCCGGCUAGUCAUGGAUGUAUCGGUAGCUUGGCAAAAGUACAAAAGUAGACAUCUACCUUGUUUGCUCUAUUACACCUCAUCUCGGAAUCAAUGCUAUGUUUGCGGAUUGGGGAUUGUGAGAUAUCUCAAUAAGUACAAUGAUACAGUAAUCGCUAACCAUAUUGUACAUGAUUAAAGCCGUUCAGGGUAGGGACCAGGACGUAUUACUGGUAUUGCACGUCUCCGAUGUGCAGAGCUGUUGUCAUAUGGGAUUGUGAUCCACUGUCUCUCAGGUCGAGAGGGUGCCUCUUGUGGGAGCCUUGAAGACGGGUGUACUUGCACCUCAGUCGAAAGAAUAGACGGAUGCUGCAUGUCUUGUGAACGAGGUUGAGGAGGCGUUGGUGAAAUCUCUUCCGAGGAGUGGCUUAGAGACGUCGAAGGAGGAGAAGCCUGUGAAGCGGGAGCCAUCUCUUGCAUAUGACUGAAAGGAGACUGCGCCCUUGCAAACAAUACGCUAACAUCACGUAGCAGAGUUUGCAGACUGAGGGCUCUCGCUUUCCAUUGCGACAAAUCUGUCUCCACUACCUCCAAACGUCUGUGCACAUCGUCCAUUUCAGAAACUCUGCGAGCUUCAUUGUUGCGGAUUAUGGCCUUUAAUUGCUGCAGUUCAGCUACGGCAUCUCCGUGUGGAGAUGACGGAAGGAAGGUUUUCUGGAUAUGCGCUAUGGAAAGGGUAUCAAGUCAAGUGACUGUUAGUAGUUGUGACCCAGAAAGACCUACCUCGAUUAAACGGAAUUCUACACCC